GUGGGAUAGGAAGAAUCAGUGUGGCAGGCGGAGGAAGGAGGUGGAGAAACAUCGCAGCCCAUUCAUCUGACAGCCGUUUACCACAUCAGUCCUCUGCUCCUCCUCCCUGUUCAGUCCAAAGUUGUCGACAGUCUUCCAGAGCCUGCAGGGGAGAUCAGCCAUGGCUCUGCUGCUGGAUGUGGCUGCACACUGCUGCCUGAUCCGCCGGCGGUUCAGGAGGAGGAGGAAGAAACGCUCAGAGCGUAAAGGUGGAUCAGGGAACCGGCCGACCCGAACCCAGCAGAGGCAGCCCAUCACAGAGGGGAUGGAAACACAAAGCAUGAGUUCAUGCAGCACAGAUGUUAAGGAAAAUCACAACUUGGACAACCUCUUCUCAAAAGAAGGGGUUGCAUCUGUUGCUGUUCAGCCGAGCAGUGGAAGGACGGGCAGAGGUAGGAAACGUCCCUUAGCGGAGGGUAACAAUGGCCGCACACAUUGCAAGUACUGGCCGAAAAAGCGUAAAAAGGUCUCAGGACCCAUUGUGCCCAAGAAUGCCCUCAUGCAGCUGAAUGAGAUAAAGCCCGGACUUCAAUACAAGCUGCUUUCUCAGUCUGGCCCAAUCCAUGCGCCUGUGUUUGUGAUGACUGUGAAGGUCAAUGGGCAGGUAUUUGACGGCUCAGGUCAGACAAAAAAGAAGGCCAAGCUAAACGCUGCGGAGAAGGCCCUGCGUUCCUUUGUCCAGUUCCCUAAUGCGUCUGAAGCCCACAUGGCCAUGGGUCGGACUCUGGCUGUUCACACAGACUUCACCUCAGACCAGGGGGACUUUCCUGAUGAGCUCUUCAAUGCCUUUGAGACAUCCAGAGCUUUAGGUGACCCGUUAUACCUGGCCCCCAACAGCAGGAGAUCUUUCACUACUCUGGGAAUAGAAAACCCAUUGCUCCCUCCCCCUACCUCAAACAUUGUUCAGUCUCCUCUAACCCCAAAUCCAUUUGCCUUCACUUCCUUGACAAGUGGCAAGAACCCUGUAAUGAUUCUUAAUGAGAUGAGGCCAGGACUCAAAUAUAAUACUGUGUCUGAGAGCGGGGAGAGCCAUGCCAAAAACUUUGUCAUGUCAGUGACAGUGGACGCUCAGAACUUCCAGGGUUCUGGGCGGAACAAGAGGCUGGCCAAAGCUCGAGCUGCCCAGGCUGCCCUGUCUGUACUCUUUCAUAUUGAGCUGGACCAGGUAUCGUCCCGGCAACCCAUACCCAAAGAGGGAUUGCAGCUUCAUCAACCACAGGUCCUGGCUGACGCCGUCUCUCGUUUGGUUGUCGAAAAGUUCAGUGAACUAACUGAUAACUUCACAUCUCCACAUGCUCGAAGGAAAGUCUUGGCAGGUGUCGUCAUGACAACAGGUUCAGAUGUAAAGGAGGCACAGGUUAUCUGUGUAUCCACAGGGACAAAGUGCAUCAAUGGUGAAUACAUGAGUGACAGAGGACUAGCCCUGAAUGACUGCCAUGCUGAAAUUAUAGCUCGGCGCUCUCUCAUCAGGUUCCUGUACUCCCAACUGGAACACGCCCUCAGUCCCAAUGAAGGGGAUCAUCACAAAUCUAUCUUCAGCUGCUGUGAUGACAAACAAGGUUUCAGACUGAAUGAAAAUGUCCAGUUCCACCUGUACAUCAGCACCUCCCCCUGUGGCGACGCCCGCAUCUUUUCACCUCACGAAGCUGCUGUAGAAGAUCAGAGCGACAGACACCCUAACAGGAAAGCCCGCGGGCAGCUGCGGACUAAGAUUGAGUCUGGUGAAGGAACCAUCCCAGUGCGCUCUGGUACCACCAUUCAGACAUGGGACGGGGUUCUUCAGGGUGAGAGGCUACUCACCAUGUCCUGCAGUGACAAGAUUGCCAGGUGGAAUGUGGUUGGAUUCCAAGGCUCUUUGAUGACCUACUUCACUCAGCCCAUCUACUUCUCCAGCAUCAUCCUGGGCAGCUUGUACCAUGCGGACCAUCUGUCCAGAGCCAUGUACCAGAGACUUACUGAGAUGGAGGUGCUACCGCUACCUUUCAGCUUGAACAAGCCUCUGCUCAGUGGAAUUAGUAACACAGAGGCUCGUCAGCCUGGAAAAGCCCCAAACUUCAGCGUGAACUGGACCAUCGGAGACCAGGGUUUGGAGGUGAUUAACGCCACCACAGGGAAGGAUGACCUAGGCCGACCCUCGAGACUCUGCAAGCAUGCUCUGUACACCCGCUGGAUUGACUUGCACAUCAAGCUGUCGUCCACCCUGCGCAUUCAAACACUGCAGCCCCGGAGCUACCAUGAAGCUAAGCAGGCCGCAGUGCAGUACCACUCUGCCAAGCAGACUCUCUUCAAAGCCUUCCUCAAGGCCGGACUUGGGGCCUGGGUUAAGAAACCUGUAGAGCAAGACCAGUUCUCUUUCAGCAAUUGUGUGUGAGCUGGUCAUGGAUAAGUAGAGAAGUAUGUUCCCUAUUGAUUUUCUAUAGACUGAACUCUUAAAUGAUUCCAUUUGUCAUUAUUAGUAUGUUCAAUGGGAGAUAGAAUAGAGGAAAAGCACAAAAUAAGACGCAGUCUGCAGAAACAGAAUAUAGCUCUGUUCUGCUGCAUGCUUGACUGUAGGAUGCAGCUUUACAUUUAAGAUAACGGCAGGACAGUGGAACCAUGAAAUUGAAGAAAGUAAUAAAAGGUUGUUCUCUGAUUUAACAUUUAACAAGUAGAAAUAGUUUUGGUAAUCUUAACUGACCUAAAACAGGGGAAAGAAAUAUCCAGUUUCACAUCAGAAAUAGAGAAAAUACCAGCUAUGUGUAUUUUUAUGUGGUGGAUUAUUGGUUCCAGUUGUGGUCAAGGCAGAUGGAAAUCCUGUAAUCUUAAUAUCAUGACAGUAAAGAUGAUGUCUUAUUAUUGACUGAAGUCUAUUUUAGGCUAAUCAACAUCACAUGAAUCUUAGUUGACAUGGUUAUGAUUAUUAUUUGGUGUAAACUAAAUUUUAAUGUUAAAUAUGUCUUCAUGGUCUUCAUGGUAUUGUAAAUACAAUAUUGUAUUUAUUGACUCAAAUAUACAAUAAAAAUAAGUUCAAUUUAGUGUUUAUUUGAUGACCCACUCAGAUCUAGUGAUGUGAUUUUCACAGGCUUAAAAGAAACUGUUUCACAAAACCAGUGAUCAGCUCGGAUGGAAAGUAGUACACAUGCAGACAAAUGGAGGAAUUCUGAAGUAUUUUCAAAGAGUUAAAACAAGUGCCAUGUGAGUUAACAGUGGGAACAUGAUGUCUUCUGCUCACACUGUCAUAGACGCUCUAAUCAAAGAUUUGGUAUCCAUGUUUGACAUCCAGUUUUUGUGACGCUUUGACCUGACAGUACUGAUCUUAGCCAGAAAUGUUCUUAUGGUUCUGUAAGAACCGUAAUUAUAUAUAAACGGUGUUCAAAAUGUUUUCUUUCAGCCUUCCUGUCAGCCCUCAGUGAUUUACUUCAGAAGCCAAGGUGACAUCACAAUGUGCAUGAUAAUAGGAGUAACUGGAAAAUCAUGUUUCAGAACAGAGACUGUUUAAAUUGACAUUUAAAGCUUGACUUAGCAUUUUAUGUUAGCAUUCUGUGCCUCCUUCAUGGUAAACAGCAGAGCUCAUGUAUAUUCCCUACUGAAUGUAGAUCCUUUAGCUCUGAGAUUAGGAAAAGGUGCCAACAUGUCUAAAAGUUACAAAAUGGCAAAUGAGCUAUCUCAUACUUUAUUUAAAUUAUUGCUCCUAAUAAGCCCCUUUACAGUUUUAGGGUAACAUUUGGGUAGAAAUUUUAUUAGGAUGGACCAAACAUUUUAAAGGAUUUCUUUUGAUUGAAGUCUUUAUGCAUGUUUUAUGUCUGUUUUAAUGUUUAACUUAUUUUACAAACUCAACAAAAGUGACGCAAGCAUCAUUAACUCAAGAAUCCUCAUCUUCCUUGUUUUUAUUAGUGUUUUCUGCCUUUAACAAUAAUUUGUGAAACUUUUUAUAUGUGAUGUGGAUUUAAUGUAGUAUGAUUUACCCCUUACAACAUUAAAAAACAGAAUAAAACGUUGAGCAUGUUUUACUUUGUAUUUGCCUUUCCAGGACAUAUUUUAUCUAUAAAUUAAUUCCUAUAUGAUAUUUGUAUUUAACAUAUUUCACUCAUUUAUCCUAUUGUUUCUGACUAGUUUCUUUUUGUAGUCCUGUUUUCUUUUUGUAGUCAUGCUUUUCUUUUAUAGGCUGGAGCUGGAUAUUUGCACAAAUUCAUUCACUUUAAUUGCAUUCUGCUUGCAGGGUGAUAUGUUCCUGACUGUAGCAAAGUGCAUUGGAGUGGGUGAAGUGAAUGGAGAACGAUGUGUUGGUUCUUCAUUAGCAGAAAUAAUAUCUCUGUUUGCUCAGAAACUACCUCUGUGGAUUAGUCAGAAAACUUUGUUGCUGAUUGUUUUCUCAGUGACAUGAUAAAGUCAAACUGUGAGGCACAAUGCAUGAGCUCUACAUUGAAA